AUGUCAAAAGGGAACCAGAGCUUUGUGACAGAGUUUUUCAUUGUUGGUUUUCCUGGACUUCAGCCAGAGUACCAAGGUCUUGUUUCAGCUGUGUUAUUCCUGGUUUAUGUUUGCAUUUUGAUUGGAAAUGUUGUUGUUCUUAUCUUAUUUGCAACUCAAAACGUUCUCCAUAAACCUAUGUAUUUUAUAUAUUUGAGUCUGGUUGUGUCUGACCUACUAUUCAGCACCACAACUUUACCAAAUAUUAUUGCCAGGUAUUGGUUUCAGGCAGGAGUUGUCUCUUUCUUUGGUUGUUUUUUGCAAAUGUACCUAGUGCACUAUUGUGGAACUGUAACUAGCUUUAUUCUGUUAAUAAUGGCUUUAGACAGGUAUGUGGCAAUAUGUUACCCCCUCAGAUACCCAAUGAUUAUUAAGAAAUCCACCGUUCACAUACUAAAUCUCACUGCAUGGAUGCUUGCACACCCUCCCUGUCUUUCUAUUGUAAUUCGGGCCUAUCCUCUUCCUUACUGUGCCUCCAAUAAAAUUCAGCAUUUUCACUGUGAUCAUACAUCUAUAACAAAGCUUGCAUGUACUGACAGAACCCCUUAUAGUUUUCCAGCUUUUGUUGUGGCAAUGGUGGUUUUACUUGUACCUCUCACCUUCAUAAUAUUUUCAUAUUGCUCUAUUAUUGUUGCAGUUCUUAAGAUUGCGAGCACCCAAGGGCGCAUUAAAACACUUGCUACCUGUAGUGGGCAGCUGAUCAUUAUUGCCCUCUAUUUUCUGCCCAGAUGUUUUGUUUAUUUGUCCAGCAACAUUGGCAUUGUAUUCAGCCCUGAUGUACGUAUUGUUAUUAUAAUGUUGUAUAGCCUGCUCCCUCCUAUGAUUAAUCCUCUAAUAUAUUGUCUUAGAGCUAAGGAAAUAAAACAGAUUUUGAUCAAACAAUUUAGACAAACACAAGUGUCCAUUGAAUAA